UCCACAGUCAAAAUUUUCCAAUUCCCUACCUUCUUAGAAACACCUUCAUUUUCUUGAAGCCAUCCAUUCACCACAAACAACAAAACCCACUUAGUUAUUUUCCCCUCUUAUAUUCCAUAUUUCAAACAAAGCCCACCUCUUUUUAUCAACUUCUUUCCUUUCCUUCAAACACUCAUCAUAAAUCAUAAUUCUUUUUCUUUCAUUUAAUUAAUUUCUUCUUAAUCCCAGUUUUCUCUUCAAAAUAAAAAAAAAACCCAUCUUUUAUUUACAAACAAAUGUCUUCAUCUGUAUUAACAACUUUAGAAUCUAAUCUUUCCUUCAAUAACAACACUUUGUCCUUUACAAACCUCAUGAAUUCUUCUUCAUCUUUCACUGAUUUUUUUGCUAAUACUAAUAAUAAUAAUGGAUUAGAAAGUGAUAAUCACAAACAAAACAACAUUAAUCAUGAUGAUCAUGAUGAUGAUCAGAACAAGAAUAUUAAUAUCUGGAAUGGGUUUGAUGAAUUGGUUGAAGUUCCAAAGUUUAAGUCAAUGGCUCCUGCUUCUUUAUCUGUUGUUGACAAUAAUUCUUGUGCUUCUAAUUUCUUGAAUACUCCUAAUGCCUUUAGCCCUUCAAUCUUCCUUAAUUCCCCAAUUCUCAAUAAUUUCCCAUCUCCAACUGUAGGAGCAUUUGGUGGUGACAGUUUUAAUUGGGGAAGCUCAAAUGAGAACAAUCAAGUUGGUGCUAAAAAUGGAGGAGAAAACAACUUCUCAUUCUAUGCUCAAAACACCUCAAUAGAAGGAUGGAAUUCAGGUGAACCCAAGAAACAGAUUGAGAUGAUUAACAAACAACAAAUGACUUCAAAUUCUGAGUUUUCUACUUCUAAUCAAAUCAUUCCAACAGAAAAGAACACAAUAACACAGACAGAUUCUAACAAUCUGCAGAGAAACUUAAAUAACACUCAUCAACAACCAAUAGUUCAGAUGAAUAGAGCACAAAAAAGAGCAGAAGAUGGAUAUUGUUGGAGAAAAUAUGGGCAAAAACAAGUUAAAGGGAGUGAAAAUCCAAGGAGUUAUUAUAAAUGUUCAUACCCAGAUUGUCCUACUAAGAAGAAAGUUGAAACAUCUCCUGAAGGUUAUAUUACUGAGAUUGUUUACAAGGGUAAUCAUAAUCACCCUAAACCCCAGCCUGGUAGAAGAUCGUCAUGGACAAAUAACGAUUUUGAUGGCGCCGAGACUUCUUCGAUUCAGCCACAUAAUGAUCAUUCAAACUUCAAUACACCCGAAACCUCCUCGGUUUCUUUUGAUGAGGAUGAUGAGUUUAAUCAGAUUUCCGCGAUGAGUAAAUCAGCAAAGGAGGAUGAUUACGAACAACCCGAAUCUAAAAGAUGGAAAGGAGAGAAUGAAGGGGAAGUGAUGUCAGGGUAUGGGAGCAGAACAGUAAGAGAACCAAGAGUGAUUGUUCAGACAACCAGUGAGAUUGAUAUUCUCGAUGAUGGUUAUAGGUGGAGAAAAUACGGGCAGAAAGUAGUGAAGGGAAACCCGAAUCCAAGGAGCUACUACAAAUGCACCAGCGCAGGUUGUCCAGUGCGGAAGCACAUUGAAAGGGCAUCUCACGACACAAGGGCUGUGAUCACGACCUACGAGGGGAAGCACAACCAUGAUGUUCCUGCAGCUCGUGGUAGUGCCAGCUAUAACAAUGCCCCGAUCCCAGUUAGGCCAUCGGCUAUUAGCAGCCAACCUAACCAGAUAACCGGCCUGCGGGCUUUAAAUAACAAUACAAGUAGCUCGAGACCAGAAGCUCAGCAGGCACCUUUCUCCCUACAAAUGCUGCAAAACAAUAACUUUGGGUUCUCAGGGUUUGGAAAUCCAUUAGAAACUAAGGAAGAGCCGAUGGAUGGCGCUUUUUUUGAAACUUUUCGCUGAAUUUCAAGAAUCACGAAAAUAAAAAAAUACGGUUUAACAAAUAGGUAUAGAAUUAUGUACUUCUUAGAUGUAUAAAAUCUAUUUAUACAAGUUUUUCAACUCUAAAAGAUCUUGAAUCUCACAGAAUAAGCAUAGUCAGAUUUAGAUCAUUUUUUCAUUUGUUAAAGAGGCCCUUAAGCUUUGGAAAGGUUCCUUAGGCCGAUUCAAGAUUUAGACAUGUAAUGUAACAUCUUAUAAGUUCAAUGAUAUUAAAGCUUCUGUUACAAUUUGAAUUAACAAAAAAUAUAAAAAACUUUUUGUGAUUUUCC